CAAUCAUGCCUCUCAUGCCGUCCGCGGGCGACGUUUCCGAGCAAGUGGAUGAAUCGAGAUGCAUGUAAUGCCCGGGAUCGUCGGCUUCUCGAGGACGUUUUACACCUUUGAUUUCCUGACUUACGUCACACGUACCUCGUUUCACGCAUGAACGUGAAAUUUCACAAAUAUCCGCCGCCUAUCGUAAACGCCGUUAUUCGCCAACGACGGGCGACGAUUAUACUCCGAUAAAAUGGAGCAAAUCGUAUGUGGAAAAUUCGGCCAUGGCAUUUUACUAGUCUCCAGAACCUCCAGGCACCCGAUAACGAUUGUCACCACGCGGAAGCUGAUGUCCGGAAAAUUUAAUAGACACUGUAGACCACUGCUGGCGUCGCCGCAACUACGUUACUUCGCAAAUCCGCAUCGUGGAUACGCGAUGUUGAUAACGAGGAUAUUAAGAGGAGCGUUAAAAAUUCGAUACAUUCUCUUAGGAGGUGCGGUCGGUGGUGGCGUUACCUUGCAGAGGAAAUACGAACAGUGGAAGGAGGGAUUGCCGGAUCUGGGAUGGCUAGAAAAUCUGAUGCCCAGUGAAAAGCGAUGGCAAGAUUUCCGUGAGUCGCUCAUGACGAUGAGGACCAAUGUGGCCGACAAGAUCGAGAUCGAUCCACGUAUAAAGGAGUUUGGGGUAGCUAAAUAUCAAGAGUAUAGGAAUCGGUUGUCUCAAAGAUUGGAUGACGCUAUUAAGGCAGCAGAAAGUCAAAAUAGCGACCAAGAGAAUAGCUCGAUACAGAGUGCAUUUGAUACCAUCUCAAUGGUAGCAAAACAAACUUAUUCAGCAGAAACAAAAGAGCAGUUGUCCAAAAAUGUGGUUGCCUUUGCGCGUCCAUUGGCUAGUGAUAAUACUGAGGAGGAACGUAAGAAAGCUCAAUCUUCGCAACAGAGGAUGGACGCCAUGCAGGACGAGCUGAUGCAGAUGCAACUAAAGUAUCAACGCGAAAUAGAGAGACUGGAAAGAGAGAACAAAGAAUUGCGCAAGCAGAUACUUCUACGAGGGAGCCAGAAAUUUAACAACAAAAAGAUCAAGAAGUCAUUAAUUGAUAUGUACAGCGAUGUCUUGGACGAGCUUAAUGAUUACGAUAGUGCCUAUUCCACUGCUGAUCAUUUACCUAGAGUAGUAGUCGUUGGUGAUCAAAGCUCUGGUAAAACAUCCGUGCUUGAAAUGAUUGCUCAAGCAAGGAUAUUUCCGAGAGGUGGAGGUGAAAUGAUGACGAGAGCGCCAGUUAAAGUCACAUUGAGCGAAGGUCCCUAUCAUGUAGCACAAUUCAAAGAUAGCUCCAGAGAAUUCGACCUCACGAAAGAGUCGGAGUUAGCCGAUCUCAGGCGGGAGGUAGAACUGCGUAUGAAGAAUAGCGUUAAGAAUGGAAAGACAGUCAGCCCGGAUGUCAUUUCUAUGACGGUGAAAGGACCGGGCCUUCAACGUAUAGUUCUAGUCGAUCUACCUGGUAUUAUUAGCACAGUAACCGUUGAUAUGGCGGAAGACACUCGCGAGGCAAUCAGACAAAUGAGCCAGCAGUACAUGAGUAAUCCUAACGCAAUCAUUCUUUGCAUACAAGACGGCUCCGUCGACGCGGAAAGAAGCAACGUGACCGAUCUCGUAGCUCAAAUGGAUCCGUCGGGCAAAAGAACGAUCUUCGUCUUGACAAAAGUUGACAUGGCAGAAGAGAAUUUGACUAAUCCCGAGAGGUUGCGCAAAAUAUUAUCCGGUAAACUAUUUCCGAUGAAGGCGUUAGGCUACUUCGCCGUAGUCACUGGUCGUGGCAGACAGGACGACAGUAUACAAACGAUCAAGGAUUACGAGGAGCAGUUCUUCAGAAAUUCUAAACUCUUCAAAGAUAGUCUAACAAUGUCCGGUCAAGUGACUACCAAAAACUUGAGCUUGGCGGUAGCCGAAUGCUUUUGGAAGAUGGUCCGUGAAACGGUGGAACAACAAGCGGACGCGUUCAAAGCCACGAGAUUUAAUUUGGAGACGGAAUGGAAGAACAAUUUUCCGAGGUUGAGAGAGCUGGACAGAGACGAGCUUUUCGAAAGGGCGCGGGGCGAAAUUUUGGACGAGAUAGUCAAUUUGUCCCAGGUAUCGCCGAGACACUGGGAGGAAGUGCUGAUGGCUCGAAAUUGGGACAAAGUCAGUAUGCACGUUUUCGAGAAUAUUUAUCUGCCUGCUGCUCAAAGUGGAAAUCCAAAUACAUUCAAUACCACUGUCGACAUUAAGCUCAGGCAUUGGGCAGAACAACAACUGCCUGCGCGUAGCGUUGAAAGUGGAUGGGAAUGUUUGCAGCAGGAAUUUCAGAAUUUUAUGUCACAAGCUCGACUUAGUUCGGAUCACGACGAUAUUUUCGACAACCUCAAGAACGCCGUAGUAAACGAGGCAAUGAGGCGUCAUUCGUGGGAAGAGAAGGCAUCCGAAAUGCUACGCGUUAUCCAACUUAACAUCUUAGAAGAUAGAAGCGUCAACGACAAACGUGAAUGGGACCAGGCAGUACGUUUCCUAGAAACCUCGGUGAAGGAAAAAUUGCAGAGUACAGAACAGAUUCUGCGCGAUAUGCUGGGGCCUAGUCGCAAGGAACGGUGGAUGUAUUGGCAGAACCAAACUGAAGAACAGCAGAAACGUACGGCGGUCAAGAACGAGCUGGAUAAAAUCCUUUAUGCCGACAAAAAACACGCACCUACUCUAACGCACGACGAGCUCACAGCUGUUAGGAAGAACUUACAAAGAAACGGAUUAGAGAUCGAUAACGAAUUUAUUCGAGAUACAUGGCAUCCUGUAUAUAGGAGAUUUUUCCUACAACAGAGUUUAGCGAGAGCGUACGAUUGCAGAAAAGGAUAUUAUCUGUACCAUACCGGGCACGAAAACGAAAUGGAAUGUAACGACGUAGUGCUCUUCUGGCGAAUUCAGCAAAUGCUGAAAGUCACCGCGAACGCGCUUAGGCAACAAAUUAUGAAUAGAGAAGCUCGUAGAUUGGACAAAGAGAUCAAGGAGGUCCUUGAGGAUUACAGUCAAGAUAACGAGAUUAAACAAACGCUACUCACAGGCAGACGAGUCACAUUAGCAGAGGAACUCAAGCGGGUCAGGCAGAUUCAAGAGAAACUAGAGGAAUUUAUUCAAGCGCUAAAUAAGGAAAAAUGAGCGUAUUAAACGGAAUAUCAAAGUUGAGCACCAUAUCGCACGUAAAGCGAACCUUUGACGCGAUUCGCGAUCGAAUGGAUGGUAGAUGAGUAUUUAGAGAUCUCGUCUCGUAAAAAAGUGAACACACAUGGCAGAUUCCUCAGUUUUAUUCGGGAAAUCGAUUGCCGAUUGAAGUACUGAAUUCACAAAUCGUCGAGUAUAGGUCUGUUUUUUAUUGCUGCACUGCUGAACUAGUGCACACUAGUGCACUUAGCAGUAAGUUAGAGUGAAACAAAAUGUACUUGUCCAACUCUAAUAGCGUAAUCGACUGGGCUGGGUUUCAGCUACCUGAGAGCAAUUAAUGACGUCACUUUAGCAAAUCGACCAAUGUUAUUGCUCGAUUUGCCGGAGUGACGUUAAUAAUGGUUCUCGGGUCGCUGAAACCCGGCCCAGUCGAUUACGCUAUAACUUAUUGCACUAGUUCAGCAGUGCAGCAAUAAAAAACAGACCAAAUAUUAGUGCGGGCGCAUAAUAGCCCGCAUAAGUGACUGCCCGUGGUCUUAGUAACUUUGUGUAACAUAUUAUAUAAUAGAAGAAGUCGAAAUCUCUCUGCGCUCUGAUACGAUUCAGAUUUGUAAAUACGCGAUAUGUAAUCGACACAUGGAAGAAUCUUAUCAAUAUGUACAAAGAUUCUUAAAAUAUAUUGAGUAAUGACAUCGCAAUUGUUUCCUGAGCAACCAUAUUUAUACAAAAACGCAGUAGUAGAAUAUUAUCAUGUUAGAAUCAUGUUACAAAAUCAUGUUAUAAAUUUAUUGUAUUAUUACGCGAUAAAUAAUAGUGAUAAAAUGUUAUUGCGACAUAUUGCACAGAAUGUAAUUACAGAAAAUAUAUAAUACAGGAUGCUAUUUGAAUAAGUUAGCGAUGCGUUUAUGUGUCUGCUAAUUUAAACGUUUAAUAGCUUGAUUUUAAAAUUUUCUUUUUAGAAUCCCAACAAAUUAAAAUAUCUUUUUGUCUUAUUAUAAUUUGUCUACGUCUAAUUGGCAUUCGAAAAACAUUUAUUUUUCAGAGAGGAAUAAUACAUGGAUACGAUUUAUAAGAAUUUAAUAUUUCUGGCAAUAACAAAAGUUUUUUUCAAAAAUCCAGUAAGCAUCUCACAAUAUCUCGACCAAUUGAAAUAAAAAUUAAGAUACCCCAGUGAUUAGUAAUUUAGUGAAUGGUGUAUAUGUCAUAUAACUGUGCAAAUAGAUAGGUUCUUAUACAAAUCAUGGUCCGUUUCUUUUGUCUUAAGUCGCGCAUGCAAAUCAGUAAAUUACUAAAAAUAAUGAACAAUGCAUUUUUAGUAAUUGUAACGCAGAAAAUUUAUAAUAAAUAAAGCUUUUUAAACUGCAA